UAAUAAGACAAGCCCGUAUGACGUAGAUGAUUUAAAGACUUAAAAUUCCUUAAGAGCACCCUGAGGUGUGCCAGUUUUACUUCUUUGACCUGUCCUGAACGACAGUUUUAUUUCACACCGUGGGAGUGGGCAAUUUCCUCUUUCCAUUUUUGAAAAAUACAUUCUUGGCAGUUAUAAAAGUAACUCCUUGGCCGAAGGAAGCAGAACUUUAGUUGAUCCUGUUUGACCAUUUCCACCAUGGCCAUGCUGGAACUUGUUCUUGUUGCUGCUCUAGCUCACCUAGCCUUUGGACAAGGUUGGGGAGCAGGACUUGUUGGACCUGGAACGAGGGGUGUUGGGCCUGGAAUCGGGAGUGUUGGAGCUGGAUUUGGGGGUAUUGGGCCUGGAUUUGGGGGCGGUGGACCUGGAACCGGGGGUGUUGGAUCUGGAACCGGGGGUGUUGGACCUGGAAUCGGGGGUGCUGGACCUGGAAUCGGGAGUGUUGGACCUGGAUUUGGGGUAGUUGGACCUGGUACCGGGGGUGUUGGAUCUGGAACCGGGGGUGUUGGACCUGGAAUCGGGGGUGUUGGACCUGGAUUCGGGAAUGUGGGACCUGGAUUCGGCGGAACCUCUACCUUUGGUCUGGGAACAUCUUUGUUUGGUCUCAACAUCAUCAACCCUUACUUCAACACUACAGUCACCUGUACUGGCACGGCUCCUGGAUUCAGCGUCGCUGUUACCCUGAAGAGAACACCACCAAUAUUGGGACUGUGGUGGGGACAAAGGCAAGGUGGUCUCAGUGGAAACAUUAUCUUCAGAACUACGACUGCCACUGGAAACUUCCAACUCGUUGUCACCGAGAGAGCCCGUAUUGAGGGAGGAUGUACCGCUGACGGCCUGGGGAAUGUGAUCAGCAGUAACGUUUGGCGCCAAGGAUUCGGUCAACUAUUUGGGCAACAGUGGGGUCAAGGUUUUAGAGGACCGUGGGGUCAGAUAUUCGGCGCCGGCACAAUCACCCAGCCAGGAGUCGUUGCUGAUGUAACCCUGGCUGCCAACAGAGAUCAGACCCUUGAUGUGGCCUCACUCAAUCUGCCGUUCAGAGACCUCGAGAGAUAUGCAGGACGCGGACUUGCUCUCUGUCCUAGUCUGACAACAGGUGCCAAUGGCCGCCAAGUAUGUAUGGAUCCCGUCUUCGCUUGCUGCAAACUGGGAUACGACAACAAGGACGGCGUUGUACCUACCCCACCCUGAGGAAACAAUGGCAACAUUUCUCGCAACUUAAUUAAUGGUUAAAUGACUUACGAUGUACAUAUCCAUGUUCUGUAUGAAUUGUAUUAUGAUAAGUCCUUUGUAGUUUAUCUAUGUGAUAGAGAUAAACGUAAUUUGAUUUUUGUUUCUAUUGUUUUGUUACACAGCUACAUAUACAAUUCAAAGAUUGAUUGUGAUUCUGUUGCUACAAUAAAUAUAAAGUGACUAAA